AUGGAUGCCAAUACCACAUUCAACUUGGAUCUCAAGCUGAUUCCAUGUGGACCCACCAACGAAUUCUUUGAUCUCAGUAAUGCGGGUAUCUUCUACACAAUGAUUGGCACUGGUGCCAAAAUGAGAAUUACUUCUUGUUCCACUGAAGCUCAAUUCAUCAGUCGAGUCUCUGUAUUUACCUCCUGUGACAGCAACAGUUGUGUGGACAGUGCCGCCGAAACCAAAGUGGAAGGUGGCUCCAAUACGACCUGUUUUGAUGACGAGAGCAAAGCUGUUUUAGAAUUUCAGUCGGUGGCUGGCGUGGAAUACUCGCUGUUUGUUCAAGACGACACUGCUGGAAUCAGUGGUGAUUUCGCCAUGUUUGUGGACGAGCUUCCACCUGAGAAUGCCUUUUGCAACUCACCUCCUGUGCUAGAAAUGGAUAAGACCUAUACAGGAACUACUGGUGGAUCUGUGACUUCAACGACUGCUCCAGCGUGCAAUGGUACCAGCCCGGAUGGUCCAGGAGUUUGGUUUGCAAUUCCAGGGGAAAUGGACGACACAGAAGUCGUCAUGGUCGUUUGCUCGGAGCAACCAUUUAGCUUUCUGGUCUAUUCGAGUAGUUGCAGUGAUCUAUCUUGUGUCGAUGUCAAGCCAAAGGUUGAAGAAGCAAGGCUUUGUGGUGACGGGAGCAUCGAAUCGAGAGUGGCAUGGAUCCCCAACAAGGGCGAAUCCUAUUACGUUCACAUGUUUGGUGACGAUGGUGCCAAUUUCCGAUUGGCCUUUGGACGUCCAUUAAUGAGAAACGAUAGUAGUAGUGGAAGUAUAUCAGGCAAGAUAGCAGGAGGCCUGGUAGCGACGACUAUUGCACGUUUGGUUUUCGCAAUGCUCACAUUGUAG